CCAGGGUGCUAGCUAGAUUAUAAGAUUAUAUCUUGAUAAUCUUGCGUCUUCAAUACUACAAAGAUAGGCCUCAAGCGAUAUGGCUCAUCGGAUAGGUGAUAAGGAAGACAUAUCUACCUGCUAACGAGCCAAAUGUGGUUGCAAUGUUGCUUGACGUCACGCGGUCUUGUCCCCAUUGAAGCUCUGCGCCGUACAUUUUCUCGCACCGUCUACAAAACUGUCGCAGUUUGUGAAUGAAACAAACACGUAAGUCGUCAUUUGUCGAGAUGACGACACACAAAGUUAUGCUCCAAUUUAUGAGUACGUUACGAAUGGGCCACCUGUAGAAAGACGCUUAAUGUUGGAGGCUUCGUUUAUGCAUCGAUGCUGGUAUGGGGAUCGUCUGUCAAAGACACAACAAUAUCGUCAUUGUCAAUGAAGAAGCUUUAAGAUUCAUCUUAUCGCUUCAGGCCAAAUUAGUUGGUGCAUGAGGAGCAGGACACUCAAUCGGACGAAGGGAUAGUGCUUUAAAAAGCCUUGAUUAAACGUGUAGUACCUUUAAAGAUGUACUAACUGGACUCUACGAUAAACUUAUGGAUGUGAAUGAACACUUGGUGUCUUUGAAUAAUGUACCCACGUUUUUCUCUGCUGUGUUUUGCUUUCGCGAUUGAUACAACCGCGGAUUGUGUUGCUGGCGUCUUCCAACAUACGGAGAGAGCUCGUGUCGUCCGAAAACGCAGUUGCAAUUACCGUUUCUAGGACCGUGGUGGAGACGUCUGUAUACUACGUAGCGUCCUUUCACGAUUUAACGACAAUAACUGGAUCAAUUUGCGUAUCAUUUCAUGGAGGGUGUCGGCUUUCUUAUUGAUUCCGUAAAGCCCGAGAUACAACAAGCCGCUCGCAGUCUAUUUAAAGUUCUGAAUAGCAACAUCUUAUCAAGUGCUGAAAUUGUCCAAAUCUCUACUCUGGUUUAUUUAUCUCGAUUCGGGAGCCAAGAUGCUUACAAUAGCGCAUUUGUGAAAAUCCCCCGCUCCUUCGGCUGGCAAUAUAAACGUGAUGAACAGCAUAAUGAGUCAGAUUCCUUGUGUAACAGUCAACAGAGUGAUACUUUAUGUUGCCAUCGUCAUCAUUACAACUUAUCAAGAUACUUACUUCAUGCACAAUGCUUUACAAAAUAAUGGAGUGUGUGCGUCAUAAGCAAAAUAAGAGCGAAAUGUGCUUUUCGUCAUAAGUAAAUCAUAUAAAGUUAACACUGGAGGAGUCUUCAUCAUCUCUGUCGCAUAAAAAUGUAGCUGUCAGAGUUGGUGACGGCCUUUGCUAAGCAUACAACUACUCAAAAUGAAGAUGUCUGGACUUCAAACGUUAAAAUCCUUUAGGCGCUUCUGAAUUAUAAGUUAUGUUGUAUAAUGUCUUCUCAAAAGUCUCGAUAUUCAUUAUUGUGUUUGCUAUGGAACUGCAGCAAUCUUUGCGUAGCCAUAACGAACGCGUUCAAAUGGCCACUACGGGUAGCUCCCCAACAAUUCAAUACUGGUGCUUCUACGAAAGCCCCGCUCGCGAUCACAAGCGCCACAUAAAGUGAAGCUAGCCAUUAGAAUAUCUAGAAGCUGGUCUGUUGAACAUUCUCUACUAUUCGAAACCGAAUGUAUGUGUUAUGGCACUACCGCACGAUCAAGCAUAAGCUCAUGGAAGAAUCGGCCCACAAAGACUGAUGAUUCUAAUCCAGGCGAACUCGACUUACAAGCCGAAGGUAUAUACUUACAGCGGACCAAAGAUUGCCAUGGAGGAAUGAUCGUAAGUAUGACAGAAACAUAAUCACUACCGUAGUUCUGUGAUGUCCUAGGUCUUGUACCACUUAUCAUCAGAUUUUGGCUAGACCGUUUAGAAGCCUGGGCUUUGUGGGGUUGACCGUUGCUGUCAGAAAUUCCUCAAAUGGAUGCUUUGACUUGAUGUCCCCAAGUUGACAAAUGCGAAUCAGAACUCUACGUCAGAGCUAAUGCCCCUUUUGAUGCUGCUUUCCACUUAUCUAAGCUUCGUAUUCUUGAGCUCCGCAUGCAUUUUGAGUACACCUUGUGUGCAUGAUUAUAGCCAUUUACUUAGUCUUCAUCGAGCUGGAUGCAAUCGCACUCUGGUAGUCUGAUCUGAACAGAAUUGAGAGCAUUCGUCAUUCAGCAUUCAAAAAUGCUUGAUAGUAGUGUAUCCAAUGAAACACUAGCGAACUGCAUGAAGGGUAGAGCUUCACGUUUGCGACGAGUUGUUUCUCGAAAAGGUGAUGACUACGUUCGUCUAGCAGAAAUUCAAAAUCUAACCUGAAAUGAUUUCUGGUGUCAGACUUGAUAAGUAGGAUUUCUAUUUUGCAUAUACUGAACCAUCGUGGAACAUUUGUUCAUGCCUUUCCGACCGUAAAUAGCACUCACCUCGCUAUACGUACGCAGCAAUAUGCCGAGUUACGAACUGUACUCGUCUCACGAUUUUUUGUGAGUUGUCGACAUUUGGCAUUCAAAGUAAGUUCAUGUCAAUAUUCACGAAACUGUAGCUUUACAAUGCUCAGCGUAUAAAUGUUUUCUACUUUGACGAAUGUGCAGUCUCGUACAUUUCUUUCGAUCGAGAGCCUUGACCUUGUAACAUGAGAAGCAUAAACGCAUAAACGCAUAAACGCAUAAACAAGGCGACUGCUUCGAAGAGAUAUUCUAAUCAAGACAGAACACAACAGCAUUAGCGUCGGUUCAUCACAACUACCGAAAAUAAGCUCGCUAAAUUACGCUCACCUAUGAGAACUCGAAUUUGAGGUUAAAACUAGAAGCUAUUAUACUAAGAACCACGGAACGAAAAUCCCCAUGUCGACAAUACACAGAAAGCAAAAGUAUAACUUUAGAGUCGCAUGUGUUGCCUCCAGAUAACGAUGUCCUUACCAUUUUUGAACUUUCUUUAGUCAAUUCGACCGCUUUGGUAUACCUUCUCGCCGUCCGACUCUAUACUUUAGCAAGUUCAAUUUCUAAGCGAACAUGUCCAACGAUGCACCGUAAUAAUCACCCAGACGGUCGACAUGUCGUACGAACAUUGCAAUUCAUCACGAUCCAAUUCGUUGAUCACAAAAGUACGCUGCAUUAGAUUCCUCUUGGAACCGUUUCAACGACAGUUUACAUUAUCACCACGUUUCCAGUUACUUUUUCUCUUGUGU